CUAUGUGUUGUUGGGUAUUUUUAAUAAAAAAUCGCGUGAUCAAACGAAAGAAGAUACCGAAAAGCAUCGAACACUGCACACGCCUUUACAGCUGUAGAUAAACAGCCAUUGCCUGAACAACAUUUAAAAAGAACUUUCGAGUGCGAUUCUGACGCUGUAAUCGCUCAAAUGCUUCAGUCACAGUUUGAUCACCAGUAUAAUGAGGAGCUACGACGCAUAGAGCACCGACGCAACAAAGAGAGUAAAGUUACGGUAACAUUGGAUAAGUUCCGUCGCAACGGUGGCUUAGAAUUUUUGAACGGUGCAGACAAUUCGUUUGAAGCUCAGGAUGAAAAAAACCAACAUAAACGAGACUGGGAUCGUUUUGAGACAAAUGAAAAACUAUUGGAAGCAAUACCUAAAUGCGGAUUUAAGGUAUAUAAAGAAGGUGAAAUCAUAACGAAGCAUGAUCUGCAGUUGUGUGGAAUUCGCAAUGCUUGCCGAGUGAUGUCUUUCCCUCCUGAGUUUCCUACUGGAGAUGGCGCCGGCUUCGACAUGAAGCUUUCAAAUAAAGUAAGAGACAUUUGAGAUUUCCAAUAAUGGACCAUUACCUAUUUCAGUAUUCUCACUUUUUCAUAAUAUAUUAUAUACAUAUAUUAUAUACAAAAUUUACACUCAAUACACGUAUACGCAAGUAGAGUAUGCACAAUCAAAUACAUAAAUAUUUUAAGUUUAUUACAGUUUUUUAUGAAAAAGGGAUUGUUAUUAAAAUGUAUAAUAAUAUUUCCAAAUAGCAGAUAAUUAUCACAAAUUAUCACCAGUUUCGGUAAUUCUCUAGUAUAGGGCUGCAACUGUUAAAAAAGUUCCGGAAAAGUCGGGAGGGGUUCCAAACGACGC